CCCCCCCCCCCCAAAAACAAACAAGUUCACCCCAGACAAGUGCCCCUCUCCCUAAUCAACGGGGGGAACAAUUAAAAGGAUAGAUGUUGGCCGAAACACACUCGGUUAUCAAGACCGACCAUCACGUCCCUCGCACCCCCGGCCCCGGCGCCACCACCACCAACCUUCUCGACAACACCCCGAAACUCCGGGCUGCGUGCGAGAACUGCCGCCAGUCCAAGGUGAAAUGCAACCUAUCCGUGUCGGGGGGCAAGGAGGCUUCCUCGGCGUCGUCCUCGUCCUCGUCGGCGUGCAUCCGGUGUCUGCGGCAUGGGUUGACCUGUCGGUAUCGCGUCGCCAAUCGGUCUGGGAAACCCAAGGGGAGUAAGAAUCGGGCUACGUUACGGAAAUUAGGGCAGUUGCAGCUCCAGCAGCAGCAGCAGCAGCAACAGAAUCAGCAUCAGCAUGCGGAGCAACGGAAGCCGAUGAUUUCACGAGGAGGCGGGGGCGGGAAUCUCCAUGGCGGGUGGAAUUAUAUUGAGCCGUUUGUAUCGAGUCAGCCGCCUUCGGUGGUUGAUGGGAUCUUGGAAGAGCCGAGUCCCGAGGAUACCAGCCAGCCCAGCCAUUCCAACAGCCCCGAUAGCCAGGGAGUCAGCAUGACCGACGUCUCCUCGCUACUGGACGAGUCGUGCGCUGCUGCAGCGCAGCAUCUCGGGUAUCCUCGUCCUCCUCAUCCGUCUUGCAUGGGUGGUCCGCCGUCGGGUGGGUACGUGCCACCACCACCGCCUCCUCCGCUGCCGCCGCCGCCGCUGUCCAUCUUCGACCAACCGACGACGACGACCACCACCACCACCACUACCGCGACAUCGUCCAUGUCGCCAACCUUCCUGCAGAAGGAGUUCAUCACCAAGGGGAUCACCAGCUGUCCGCUGGCGGUGCACAUGCAACCGACGUGCGACUGCGGCGACGCGCUGGUAUUCCACAUGAACCGCCUGCGGUCCGUGACGACGAUGGUGCAUCUGCACCCCCCGCGGCUGGACUUGCUUUUGCAGGCCAUCGCGACCGCGCUGGCGACGUGCCGCCUCUUCCUGCAGUGCCCCGGGUGUCCCAAGGACGGCACGCAUUUGCUGUACGCCGCCUCGAUCGUGGACUUUACCGUGCAGCUGUUCGACUUUGCCAUUCCCUACGAGCUGUCCCUGACGGCAACCACCACCGCAGCAGCAGCAGCAGUACCGACCCCAGCGUCAACCACCACGUCCACGUCACCGACCAACGACCCCGGGGUGCUCGUGGGCUACGGCGAGUACGAGAUCGCGGUGGACGAGACGCGCCGCAUCCGGCGGUAUCUGCUGCGCGGCCGACUGCUGCAGUGCCGGGCGGUGGUGGGCCUGCUGCAGGAGACGACGGAGGUGAGUCGGCAGGAGCUGUUCGUCCGCAGCAGCAGCAGUCCUGGCGCAGGGGCCGGGGCGGCGGAUCUGACGGCGGCGUUCGAGAACGGGGAUUUGAUCCUGCAGAUCCUGGCGGGACACGAUGCGACGGUGGAGGCGUUUCUGCUGGCGCUGGCGGGCGAGGGCUGUGGCCUCCUGGCCCACCAGACCGCGCUCAUCACGGGCGCCGCGCAGGGCAUCGGCGCCGAGACCGCGCGGCUGUUCGCGAGGGAGGGGGCGCGCGUGGUCAUUGCGGAUGUGGAUGGGGAAAAAUCCCACGCCCUCGCCCUCGCCCUCAACACCCAGCACGGCGCCAACACCGCCCUCGCCAUCCCCGGCGACCUCACCGACGAAACCUACCUCACGACUCUGAUCCAGCAGACGGCCGCGUUUGGGAACGGCAAGAUCCACAUCCUCGUCAAUAACGCGGGGUUUACGUGGGAUGGGGUGAUUCAUAAGAUGACAACCCACCAAUUCACCACCAUGCUUGCAAUCCACGCGACCGCGCCCUUCCAGCUCGUGCGCGCCGCCGCCCCGUUCUUUCGAGUCAAAGACGGCGACGCCCGGUGUAUUGUGAAUAUCAGUUCGACGAGUGGGGUGCACGGGAACGCAGGCCAAGCAAACUACAGCACCGCCAAAGCCGCCAUCACGGGCCUCACCAAAACGAUCGCCAAAGAAUGGGGGCCGGGGUUCGGGGUGCGCGCCAACACGGUGGCGUUCGGGCACGUGCGCACGCGCCUGACGGCGCCCAAGGAGGACGGGGCGGUGAUGGUCACGGCGGCCGGGGAGCGGGUGGCGCUGGGGAUCCCGGGGGCGCAGUUGGCGGCGCGUCGGGGCGGUGCUUCGGAUGAAGAAGGGAAGGAGGAUGGGAAUGGCCACGGGGACGGCAACGGGAAAGGGCCCGGCGGACAGUAUCCCGACAUCCCCCUGGGCCGGCCGGCGAGCGCGGAGGAGGCGGCGCGGGUGGUGUUGGCGGUGGCGAGUCCGUUGUUUGCGUAUGUGACCGGGGAGACGAUCCGGGUGACGGGGGGGCGGAAUAUGUAGAUUUUCUCCGAGCUUUGAUCUUUUGGUGGUUUGGGUGGUUUGGGUGGUUUGGGUGAUCUGGGUGGUAUUGGAGGGGAGAGGGGGGGGGCCUGUACUGUAUCUGUAUCUGUAUCUGUAGAUAGUGGGAGGAAUGUGUGGG